UUGAUUCUUUCUCAUCAUCUUUAUUAUUCAAUUCAACAAGCAACACAAACACUUACUACAGCAAGAAGUACUCCUAAGCUGAUUCCCUUUUUUGUCAAACCCUCUCCUCCCAAAUUUCUCAACUUGAGAAAUUUUCAUUUGUUUUUUCUUUGAGUCUUCUUUGGCUGUUUCUUCACACACCCAGAUCAUCAAAUAAUACCCAAUAUAUCUCCUGCUGCCAGUAAAUCUUCUUCUCUACAUACUUUUCUCUGUUUUUGCUCUGUUUCUAUAUUUUUCCCUGUUUUUUUUGCUCUGUUUCUUUCUUCUUCUGUCUAUUGUAAAUAAGAAGGAAGGGGAAGAAGCUAUGGCAGGAAAUAAGUUUGCAACUAUGUUGCAUAGAAACACACAUAAAAUAACUUUAAUCCUUGUGUAUGCCAUUCUUGAAUGGAUUCUGAUAUACCUUCUUUUACUAAACUCUUCGUUUUCCUAUCUGAUUAUGAAAUUUGCAAAUUAUUUUGGUUUGAAACCACCUUGUUUGUUUUGUUCAAGAAUUGAUCAUGUACUUGACUCCAAAAAAAAAUCAUACACGGAUCUUAUUUGUGAGAAUCAUUGUAAUGAGAUUUCAAGCUUGAGUUAUUGUUCUAAGCAUAGAAAAUUGACAACGGAUCGUUGUUGCGAAGACGAAGAAGACGAUGAUUUCGACAUCAAAGAUGAGAGAAACAGAGUACUUGAUGAAGAUGAACAUAAUCAGAUUCUCUGUGAUGAUGUCAAUGAACAACUUAAGAAAAUUGAAGACUUUAUUACAGAAAGGGAUUUAGAUUUCUGUGUUGAAGGUAUGGAUUUAGUUCUUCAGCCAUGUUCUACUCCUAAAGUUUCUGAAUUGCAAGAUUCAUCUCCUGAUAUGAUCAAUUUGAAAUCAGAAGAUGGUUUUGAUUUUGGUACGGAUAGAUUCAUUCCUGUUGAGUUAAUUGAUUCUACUACUCUGAAGACUCAAGAAUCCAGAGAAAAUGAGAAUGUAAAAGAGAGGGAUUGGGAAGGGAUUUUGAGUACUGAAUUAGGAAAUGAAAAGGCUGAAGAAAAAGCUGAAGAAAUGGGGAUUCUUUUGGUGGAGAAAAUGGCACAAAUUAUAGCAAUGGUUGAAUCCAUGGAUAUGAGUAAGGAUCUUAAUCUUGAUUCAGUGGAGGAAUCUGAUGUGAAUUGUGUUAGUCAAGGAACAAAAUCUUUGUAUGGUGAGGAGGGUAAUGAUGUUGAAUUGGUAAUGGUAGCAUUGGAUGAUUCAGCUCAACACUCAGAAGCCAAGGAGGAAACCGAAUCGGAGAGCUUAACAGAGAAUGAAAUGUCCGAUGAGGAAUCGUCGGAUAACCAUACUCAACUCGACUCUGAACAAAUUGUAUCAUUGCCAUGUUCUAUUCCGGCAGAUGCGUUCACAGCUAUGAGUGACCAGCAAGCUGAUAAACAUUCAGAAGAACCUAAAGAUAUUGACUCGAAAAUGUCUACCAAUGAAACUAAAAUCAUGAACUUGAUAGAGGAAGAACUGCCUACCCAAUUGAACAACCAUACUGAAGAUGAAGAAACAAUCUCAGCACAGCCUUGUGCACAAGCUCUGACGAAUGAGUGUUAUGGGAAGGAUACUGAUUCAGAUACUUUGGUAGCUAAGAAAGACCAAGCUAGUGAACAUUUAGUACUUAAAGACGAUGAUGAUACAAAAUCCAUGAGCUUAAUAGAGAAAGAGAUGACUGUUCCAGUAAACAACCAAGCUGAGGAGCAAAUUUCGUCAUUGCCAUGCUCAGAAGAAAAUCAUUUGGACACAGAUGCGUUCAUGGCGGAGAAUGACCAAGGUUCCGAGCACACCGAGGAAGUGAAUGAUAUCGAAGAAAGAAGCGGUUUAGUUGAGAGAAUUGAACAACCAAUAACUACUACCCGUCAACUAUCUAUAGCAACUUCGGAAUGCGACGAAGUUGACGAGGAAAAGGGGCCUGAAACGCCAACUUUUGUGAACGGUCUUCACAAUUUACACAUGAAAUUCUUCGAUAUGGAGAAAAAGGAAUCAGGAACUGAGGCAUCUACAGAUGGAAGUGUAAUUGUUGAGUCAGAAAAUGGUGGUGAUGGGAAUAUGACAAUCGAAAAGUUGAAAUCAGCAUUGAAAGCAGAACAUAAAGCUCUAACCGCAUUAUAUGCAGAACUAGAAGAAGAGAGAAGUGCAUCUGCAAUAGCUGCUAACCAGACCAUGGCAAUGAUAACAAGGCUCCAAGAAGAGAAAUCUGCAAUGCAGAUGGAAGCAUUACAGUACCAGAGGAUGAUGGACGAACAAUCCGAGUAUGAUCAAGAAGCUUUGCAGCUAUUAAACGAGCUUAUGGUGAAGAGAGAAAGAGAGAAGCAAGAAAUGGAGAAGGAAUUGGAAAUAUACAGAAAGAAGGUUCUUCUCUAUGAGAAUGAGAAGAAGAUGAUGAGAAGGAAGAGCAAUAGUGGAAGAAGUGGAACCUCUUCUGCUUCUGGAAAUGCUACGGAUAGCGAAGAGCUGUCUGUGGAUCUUAAUCAAGAAAACACCGAUGAAUUCAACUUUUAUGCCCAUCAAGAUAGUCAUACUAAUAGAGUACUAAAUUUGGACGAGGCGGCGUUAGAAAGCUCAAAGCAAUUGAGCACUCUUGACGAGUCAUUGGCAGAUUUUGAAGAAGAAAGGCAAUCUAUUCUGGAACAGCUCAAGGCAUUAGAGGAGAAGCUUUUCACAUUGGAAGACGAUGAACAUGAAGAGGGGGAGCAGUUAUUUGAGGAUACAAAAGCGAACGAGCAUUUAUCAGAAGCGAAUGGAACGGAAUCUAACAAGAAUCAUGAUGAAUCUCAUGAAGAAGAGAUCGUCAACGGUCACUUGAAUGAUUAUAAGAAACACUAUGGGGAGAAAACACAUGGUGGUGCCAAGGCAAGGAAGCUCCUUCCUCUAUUCGAUGAGGCCAUUGAUGUCGAAAAUGAGGAUGAAUUUACAAACGACGAGCAUGAAGCGGGGUCCUAUGCUGUUUUCUCACCAAACUCUUCUAUGUCAAAGUUUACUUCGGAUGAGAAGAAACUUGCUCUGGUAGAGGAAGUUGAUCAUGUUUAUGAGAGGUUGCAUGCUCUAGAAGCCGACAGAGAGUUCUUGAAACAUUGUUUAACUUCUUUAAAGAAAGGAGGCAAAGGUAUGGAUCUUCUCCAGGAGAUAUUACAACAUCUCCGCGAUCUAAGGAAUGUCGAUCUUCAUGUACGCAAUAUGAGUGAUGCUUCAUUGAACCAAAGCUUCUCGCACUAGUAACUACAACAACAACAAAAAAAGGUUGGGAUGUCUAUGUUAGCGGAAGUCGCGGUAAUGCAGUCCAUUAUGAUCAUCUGAAAUGGCUCAUUGUAUCAGAAGUUCCCUUGAAGGAGAGGGAGUGCUGUCAAGGGCAGGCAAGGUUGAUAAAAAUUGGUACACAUGAAAACAAGAAUCUUAAGUUUUGUAUUUGUAUUGGAGGUUUGGUGUCAAAAGUAAGUAAUACCCAUGUUUUUGUGGGUUGUAAUGUGCCCAUCUAAAAAAGCCUUUGUCGGGUAAAAAGAAGUGGGUCAUAAUGAGUAGAUUUGUUAUUAGUAGAGUGUGUGUGAUAAUUGUGUUUUGUUCAAGUCAUUAGAUCAGACCUACCUGUCUUUGUGAGUGAGAAAAAUCCAUGGUUUUGCAAAGCUGGAAAGAUGAAAACAAGAUUCCAGUGCCAGGAUAUACAAGCAUUAGUUUUAGUGUCAUAGGGGAAUUAAGUAGGAAAUCUAGUACUACUGUUUUUUUCUUUCUUUCAUUUUUUAUUUUUUGGGGAGGGAAAAAGGAAAGAGUAAAAGUAACUCGAUCCUUUUCUUGCUUUUGGAUCAACACUUUUGUAUCUAAUUUGUAUCUGCUUAUAUAAGUGAGAUUUUUGAAUCUGAA